CGGCCCAGCCCCGGGUAAAGUUUCCCCGCGAGCACAUGACUCGCAAUGGCCGCGGCCGCCGCUCGUUAAGCCUCGACAACCUUCCCCCCACCCUUCCUCCUCCGUCAGCCGCAGCUUCCCGGUUCAUUCUCCCUUUCCCCGUUAGGCCGGGUUUCCCCGUGCCUCCCGCCAUGCAGCCGCCACCGGGAGCUUUCCGGUUUUAAGGAGCUCACUGAGAAGUCUCCGUGAUUCAGCGUCGCAGGAGCCAUCGCGCCAGCGAGGACAGCCGCCGGGCUGCGGGUCGCCCGUGGGCUCCAUGCUCUGCUCGGCGCCCCGUUCCUGAAUCCCCCUCCCCAAGCACCGGAGACCCCCCCGCCAUGGCCAGCAACAGCAGCUCCUGCCCCACGCCCGCAGGGGGGCACCUGAACGGUUACCCCGUGCCCCCCUACGCCUUCUUCUUCCCCCACAUGCUGGGGGGGCUCUCGCCGCCCAGCACCCUGGCUGGCAUCCAGCACCAGCUGCCCGUCAGCGGCUACAGCACCCCCUCGCCCGCCACCGUGGAGACGCAGAGCACCAGCUCGGAGGAGAUCGUGCCCAGCCCACCCUCGCCACCGCCCCUGCCCCGCAUCUACAAACCCUGUUUCGUCUGCCAGGAUAAAUCCUCGGGGUACCACUACGGGGUGAGCGCCUGCGAGGGAUGCAAGGGGUUUUUCCGCCGCAGCAUCCAGAAGAACAUGGUGUACACGUGCCACCGGGACAAGAACUGCAUCAUCAAUAAGGUGACGCGUAACCGGUGCCAGUACUGCCGCCUCCAGAAGUGCUUCGAAGUCGGAAUGUCCAAAGAGUCCGUCCGCAAUGACCGGAACAAGAAGAAGAAGGAUGUGCCGAAGCCGGAAUGCUCGGAGAGCUACAUCAUCACCCCCGAGGUGGAGGAGCUCAUCGAGAAGGUGCGCAAAGCCCACCAGGAGACCUUCCCUGCCCUCUGCCAGCUUGGCAAAUACACUACGAACAACAGCUCGGAGCAGCGGGUCUCGCUGGACAUCGACCUGUGGGACAAGUUCAGUGAGUUGUCCACCAAAUGCAUCAUCAAGACGGUGGAGUUUGCCAAGCAGCUCCCCGGCUUCACCACGCUCACCAUCGCAGACCAGAUCACCCUCCUCAAAGCCGCCUGCCUCGACAUCCUGAUCCUGCGGAUCUGCACGCGCUACACGCCGGAGCAGGACACCAUGACCUUCUCAGAUGGGUUGACGCUGAACCGCACGCAGAUGCACAACGCCGGCUUUGGACCCCUCACCGACCUGGUCUUCGCCUUCGCCAACCAGCUGCUGCCGCUGGAGAUGGACGACGCCGAGACGGGGCUGCUCAGCGCCAUCUGCCUCAUCUGCGGAGACCGCCAGGACCUGGAGCAGCCGGACAAAGUGGACAAGCUGCAGGAGCCACUGCUGGAGGCGCUGAAGAUCUACGUGAGGAAGAGGAGGCCCAACAGGCCCCACAUGUUCCCCAAGAUGCUCAUGAAGAUCACAGAUCUCCGCAGCAUCAGCGCUAAGGGCGCCGAGCGGGUGAUCACUCUGAAGAUGGAGAUCCCGGGCUCGAUGCCGCCGCUCAUCCAGGAGAUGUUGGAGAACUCAGAGGGGAUGGACACUCUUGGGGGGCAGCCGGUGGGGCCCCCCCCGGGCAGCUGCAGCCCCAGCCUUUCUCCCAGCUCCAACCGCAGCAGUCCAGCCACGCAUUCCCCGUGACCCGCGCCCGGCGCGCACCAGGACACAACCCCGGCACGCCGGCACGCCAUGGCGGGGGGGGGGCUCCCCACAUCCCAGCUGCAGCCCCCCCCCCCU